AUGGCGUCGACUGCAUGCUUCCUACACCACCACGUUCCCUCGACGGCGGCGGCGAAGACGCCGUCGCAGCGGUUCGCGGUGGCGGCGAGGCCGUCGCAGCUGGUCUGCAGGGCGCAGAAGCAGGCAGAUGCUGCGGAGGAGGGCCACGCCGCCCUCUCUCGCCGUCUGGCUCUCACCGUCCUCGUCGGCGCCGCCGCCGUCGGAGCCAAGGUCUCCCCCGCCGACGCCGCCUUCGGAGAAGCCGGUGAGCACAGUGCCGAUGAUCUGUCUCUUCUUCGUUUUUGAAGAUCUUCGCUGGAGUGAGGGCGAAGUUUGGUGAGUGGACGAAGAUCUGGAUCCAAUUGAGUUCUCUGUUUGAUGCAGCGAACGUGUUCGGCAAGCCGAAGACGAACACCGAGUUCUUCUCGUACACCGGCGAGGGCUUCAAGAUUCAGAUUCCGUCCAAGUGGAACCCUAGCAAAGAGGUGGAGUUCCCCGGGCAGGUCCUGAGGUACGAGGAUAACUUCGAUGCCACCAGCAACGUCUCCGUUCUGAUCCAGCCCACCACCAAGAAAUCCAUCUCCGAGUAUGGCUCCCCAGAGGACUUCCUCGGUCAGGUAACAGCUCCCUCUCUCCCCGCUCGGUUUUCUGAUCUGAUUCUCGACGUGGACAGUGGAAGAAGAUCGAUAAUGGAUCGAUCCCCUUGCUUUGGAAUAUCGUUGUGAGGACCUUCGAAUGAUCGCCAUCCGCGUCCUAAAUCAUCCAUCCUCUGUUGAAUUCUUCGGAACAUGCGAUACCUAGUCUAAUGUUUACUAUUCUGAUUUAAAUCGACGAUGUGACUCCAAAUUUUUUGAUGAUCUAUGUCCAGUUCCUGAUUUAAUUUUUUGACGAUAUUCGAUCCUAGGCCUCAGAUGUAAUCCAGUUCUUGAUCCGUGCAGGUCGAUUACCUGCUGGGGAAACAGGUCUACGGCGGUAAAACCGACGCCGAGGUGAGCCGCAGAUCGAACUAUCGCCCGAUAAUUCCCUCCAUUCCCCGCCCCGUUGAUCUGUUCAUCUGAAAAACGCUUCUCCAUCUCUGCUCUCGAUCGAAAACCUAACCAGGGCGGGUUCGAUAAAAAUGCCGUCGCCACCGCCAACAUUCUGGAGACCUCCACCCCGUCCAUCGCCGGGAAGGACUACUACUUCCUGUCGGUUCUGACGAGGACCGCCGAUGGAGAUGAAGGCGGCAAGCACCAGCUGAUCACGGCCACCGUCUCCGGCGGGAAGCUCUACAUCUGCAAGGCCCAGGCCGGCGACAAGAGAUGGUUCAAGGGGGCCAAGAAGUUCGUGGAGAGCGCCGCCAGCUCCUUCAAUGUCGCCUAG